GUACGGGUUUUUCAUUUCUUUCUUCUCCUUUCUAUUUUCUACCAGUAUUUUGAGUAGUAAUGGUUUUUUGGCAUUCCCUUUUAUCAACACUUUGAAAAAAAUUCCAACAGAGCUGCAUUCAAGGGGUUUUGAGGUUCUAAUAAGGUAUGUUCAUCCUUGGGUUGUUUUUAUUUUUUCAAAAAAGAAAAGGGUUUUGGAUAAUUCUUGUUUAUUUCCCUAGAAAAAUUUUGAACGAAAAUGGCAAGGAAAAACACGAGAAAAAAAGAAGAAAUCGCUGAAGAUUACUGCUUUUUUUGCAAAGAUGGUGGUUUGCUCAGGGUUUGUGAUUAUAAGAACUGUCUCAAAAGUUUUCAUCCUCAAUGUGUAGGAAGGGAUGAUUCUCUAUUGGAAACCGAUGAACGCUGGUUUUGUGGUUGGCACUUUUGUUUCAUUUGCAGUAAACCUGCAAAAUUUCAUUGCUUUUGUUGUCCAUCUGCCGUAUGCGGGCGUUGUUUAUGUGACGUUGAAUUCGCAAUAGUCAAAGGGAAAAGGGCUUUUUGCAAUACGUGUUUAGAACUUGCUUUGCUUAUUGAAGACAAGAAGAAUGUCAAUGCCAAUGGGGUGAAAGUAGAUUUUAACGAUAGAGAAACAUAUGAAUUUCUUUUCAAGGGCUAUUGGGAAUGGGUGAAGGAAAAAGAAGGCUUAACUUCGAAACAACUGCAUUCCUCGGAUCGGUUGUUGAAGGAUGGUAAUAACUAUGAUUUUCAAACGAACUGUAAUCAUAGAGAAGAAGAUACUGGGGAUUUUGAAGAUGAUAGUAUAUCGGAAGGUGAUGAUUGGGCUGAUAAUCAAGCACAACGUAAAAAAGAAAAGAAAGGAAAACUUUCUUUGAGUAACAGAAAGAGAAAAUCGAAGAAAAUGAAAUACAUUGGAUGGGCAUCAAAACAACUUACCGAAUUCCUAAUAUUCGUUGGUAAAGACGUGAAGCAAGAGUUGUCUCAAUACGAUGUUGCAACCAUAGUUACUGAAUACUGCAAGGAGCACGAGUUGUUUCACCCGGAAAAAAAGAAGACGGUUAUUUGUGAUGAAAGAUUACAGUCUCUUUUAGGAAGGAAAUCGGUUAAUAGAAACGGUAUCUAUAAGCUACUAACGAUUCAUUUUUCCGAGAACUUGGAGCAAUCAGAAGAUUCGGUUUGUUUUAGUUCGAAAGAAGAUGAUAAUGUCUCUGUGCCUUGUAAAAAAAGGCAGAGAAAGUCAAGUCCGGAUCGGAAGUUAGAGGAACAAGAAACAGUUACAAGUCCAUCAGAAAGCUGUUUGGCAGCUAUUGUUUCGAGAAACAUUAAGCUCAUCUAUCUGAAGAAGAGUUUGGUGCUGGAGCUAGCACAGCUUGAUACAUUUUACGAUAAAAUGGUCAGAAGUUUCGUGAGGGUAAAAUCGGACCCAAAUGACUAUUUUCAGAAGAACUCUCACAUGCUAGUGCAAGUUAAAGGUAUAAAGGACACUUCAAUGAAGGAAAAGACGAAUUCUACGAUUCUCUUGCAAGUUUCUAACAUGGUAAAAGAUAUUCCUAUUUGCAAACUAUCGGAUGAUGACUUCACUGAGGAAGAAAUUGAGGAUUUAAAUCGGCGAAUGAGAACUCGCAUGCUUGAAAGGCCAACCGUUCUGGAGUUUGAGCAGAAAGCUAGAAGCUUACACGAGGAUAUAACGAAACAUUGGAUUACGAAAGAGUUGGAUUUAUUACGAAGUCAGAUCAACCGGGCAAACGAGAAAGGAUGGAGGAGAGAGCUCUCCGAGUACAUGUAUAAAAUGCAACUGCUUCAGACACCUUCAGAACAAUCACGCCUAAUUCAUGAGGUUCCAGAAGUGGUUGCGGAGCCUGAACCUGCCUCCGUGGACUCACCAAGAGAAUAUAGAGAAGAGCAUAAAACAUCAGUGGAACCAAUAGCCGCAAGACCAGUUUCUAAAAUUCGAAAAUGCAGUUCGGAGAACAAUGUCGUCCCUUGUUGCCGGAACGAUGGAAUGAAUGCUGCAGAAGGAAAGCAACAAGACCUGAAGAAGCCGAUUAUUUCUGGGAACCAAAACUCUCAACAAGUAAAGCCGAGCUGUCCCGGGACAUCCGUUCUUCACUUAUCACCCCAAGAAGAAUCAAAUCAACAUAAACAUGGUGAGAUGGGGGAAAAACUACCUCAGCCCGUUGAUAUCAUUGAGCAUUCAAAGUUGUUAAACCGCAAAGUCGAGGUGAUCGAAUUAAGCGACGAUGAAACAGAACAUGCUAGUCCUGCACUGAUCCAUAAAACAUUACAGGAUCAUGAUUGUUCUAUAUGGUAUUGCAUUGGUCCUCAAGGUAACACCAGGGGACCGUACUCAAUGAAAGUACUUAAACAAUGGAGCGAAUCAAGCUCGAGCUGUUAUGAGUUACGGUUACGGUUCAAAGUUUUCAAGAGUGGUCAGAGACCAGAAGAUGCAUUGCUUCUCACUGAUGCUAUUCAACAGUACUUUAACUGUUAGUUAAAAAAGGUAAAAAUAUUUUUUGACCAAUCAAAGCUUCUGUUUCUUUUUGAAAGUUUGAUAGUUUGUUGUAAAUGAUGAACAACAGCAUGAACUUUAUUUCAUUUUUUGCUGUUCUAAGAAAAUCCCAUAACAAAAAACUGGGGCUGUUCAUGUUUUGUUUUGAAACUGAAACUUCCUUUGUUUGUGGGAUUGAAAAAGGUCAAAUUUAAUGAGUAGUCCUUGUACUUAGCUCAAAGUUGUGGGAUUAGUUUUCUUUUUUUUAGCUUCAAAAAGGUUAGAAUAUGCUCCAAUAUC